AUGCGGGCAGACAAACUGUUAAAGUUAAAAAGUGGACUGUUAGCUCAGCAGAAUACAUUUGUACGCCAAGCUCAGCUGAACCAGUCAUCCGUUCGGGCCAGCUUUCGGGUUGCUCAAAUGAUAGCAAGCAGCGGUAAACCUUUCACAGAUGGAGAGUUUGUUAAGAAAUGUUUGAAUGCUGUCGCGGAGGAAGUGUGUCCCGAGAAGAAAGAUGUGUUCAAUGCAGUGAGUCUGUCAGCGAGUACAAUCACCAGACGCAUCGAAGAAAUCGGGGGUAAUGUGUAUGCACAGCUGCAGCAGAAGACAAAAGAGUUUGACUUUUUUUCAUUAGCAUUGGAUGAGAGCACGGAUGUGCAGGACACAGCGCAGCUGGUAAUUUUCAUUCGUGGAGUUAACGCAAACUUUGAGAUGAGCGAGGAGCUAGCAGCCCUCCAAAGUCUCAAAGGGACUACAACGGGGGAGGAUAUUUUCGGCAAAGUAUGCCAAACCAUGCAAGAUUUGGACCUGGACUGGUCAAAGCUUGCCAGCAUCACGACUGACGGGGCUCCUUGUAUGGUGGGCGCGUCUCGGGGUCUAACAGGACGCGUGAAGCGGGAGAUGGAAGAGCGGGGUCUCACCGCCCCGCUACAAGUCCACUGCUUAAUUCACCAGCAAGCACUGUGCUGCAAAGUGUUGAAGUGGGAUUCUGUUAUGAAGGUUGUGGUGUCAUGCAUAAACUUCAUCAGAGCAAAGGGACUUAAACACAGGGAGUUCCAACAAUUCCUGUCUGAGCUGGAGUCUGCGUACGGCGAUGUGCUGUAUUACACGGAGGUCCGAUGGCUGAGCCGGGGCAGAGUUUUGAGGCGUUUUUAUGAGCUGCUACCCGAAAUUAACGCAUUUCUUCACUCAAAAGACAAAACGGUCCCAGAGCUGAUGGACCCAGAGUGGAAAUGGCACCUGGCAUUUUUAACAGACGUGACAGAAAUGCUGAACAGCCUUAACUUGCAGCUACAAGGCCAGGGGAAACUCAUUUGCGACAUGUAUUCCCACAUAAAAGCAUUUGAGGUGAAACUAGCGCUGCUUUUGGAACAAGUGAAAAAGCACAACUUCAUCCAUCUCCCUGCUACCCAAAACCUCUCUGCAGAGAACCCAGCAGUCCCGUUCCCAACUGAAAAGUGUGUGGAAGCACUGGAAAUGCUCAAGGGGGAGUUCGGUGUGCGAUUCCGUGAACUACAUGUUAAUGCAAAAGAAAUCCGUCUUUUCCAGAACCCCUUUGUUGCCGACAUCGAUGAAGCCCAGCCUUCUUAUCAGUUUGAGUUGGCCGAGUUACAGAACUGUGAUGUUCUGAAAGACGUGUUCAAGCCCAACAGUCUUAUUGACUUCUAUGCCGCACUCCCAAACGACACGUACCCUAACAUAAAAAAACACGCAAUGAAGAUGUCCACACUUUUUGGCAGCACGUAUAUCUGCGAGCAAACCUUUUCACACAUGAAACUCCUGAAAACUCCGAUGAGAUCAAGAUUGACCGAUGAACAUCUGCUUCAGUGUUUGAGACUGGCUGUGACUAGAAUGGAACCUGACAUUGAACUUCUCACCAGCCAAAUGCAGGCCCACAGUUCACACUGA